AUGGAUGAACAAAUACCAACAUUUUUAGCUGUAACAGGACAAGAAGAUGAAUCAAUUGCAAAACAAUUUUUAGAAGUUGCAGGAGGUGAUUUAGAAUUAGCUGUUACUUUAUAUAUGGAAUCAGGUGGCAAUACAAAUAAUAAUACUAAUAAUGGAAAUAAUAACGAAUUUCAAGAUGAUGAAUCUUAUGCAAAACAAUUACAAGAACAAGCAUAUGGAGGAAAUGGAGAUGAUCAAGUUAGAGAAGCAGAUACAAAUAUACAUAGACAUGAGACAUUAAUUGAUUCAUUUGGUGGAUUUUCUGGUGGAAUGCAUACAAUGAAUAGACCUGUUGAUAUAUUUGGACAAAGACAACAAGGAAUAUUUCAUCAAAGUUUUAAUUUCAAUGAUAGACUGAUAAAUUCUUAUAAUGCAUAUGAUGAUGAAGAAGAAGAGGAAGACGAAGAAGAAGAUGAAGAUGAAUAUUACGAUUCACAUAAUAAUAAUAAUAAUAAUAAUGAACAUGAUAUUGAAAUACUAGAUUCAGAUGAGGAAGAAAAUAAUGAUGAUAUAGAAGUAAUAAGUAGUACAAGAAAUAAUGGUGGUAGAAGAAGGCGACUUAGACAAACAAGAAAUUCAGAAUUAACAUCAACUCAAAGAAGAUUAGCUAAUUUAUUUAGACCACCAUUUGAUAUUAUAAAUGUUUUAAAUUUAGAUCAAGCUAAAAAAUUAGGCAAGGAAGAUAAAAAAUGGAUAUUAAUAAAUAUUCAAGAUUCUUCAGAAUUUCAAUCACAAGUUUAUAAUAGAGAUUUUUGGUCAAAUUCAAGAAUAAAACAAAUUAUAAAAGAAAAUUUUAUAUUUUUACAAUAUCAAAAAGAUUCAUUUGAUGGAGAAAAUUAUAUAAAUUUUUAUCAUGUUGAUAAAUUACCUCAUUUAGCUAUAUUAGAUCCUUUAACUGGUGAAAGAGUUUAUAAAUGGGAAGAUGGUAUAGUUCCAACAAUUCAAAAAUGGAUUGAUGAAAUUUAUAAAUUUUUAGAUGAAUUUAGUUUAAAUCCUCAAUUUAAUAAUCCUUUAAUUAAACAUGAAAGAAAAAUAGAUCCUGAUAGUUUAACAGAAGAACAACAAAUUGAGUUAGCUAUGAAACAAAGUGUAAUGGAUAAUGGAAGUAGUACUAAUAAUGGAAGUUCAGCAGAUAAUGCAAUUGAUUUAGAUAGUGAUGAAGAAGAAGAUGUUAGUGGAGUUCAAGAUUUAGAAGAAGAAGACGAUGAGGACGUAGACUCAGAACCAAAAGACCCAUUUGAUUCAAUUAAACCAAUAGAUCAUCCGGAAUCAACAGAACAACCAAUCACAAGAGUACAAAUAAGAUUCCCCAAUGGUAAAAGAUUAGUAAGAAAAUUAAAUUUACAAGAAAAACUAAUAACAUUAUUUGAAUGGUUAAAAUAUGUAUUAGAAACAAACUCAAAAGAUUAUGGAUUAGAACCCAAAGAUAAAUUUAAAUUAUCUGAUAGUUCAAAUAAAUCAUUUAAAUUUAUUGAAAAUUUAGAUAAUACAAUUGAAGGUUCAAAUUUAAAAAAUGCAAGUAUUUUAUUGGAAAAGGAUUAA